UGUCCAAAAAAAAAAAGAGCGCAGACCACCUGAUUGUAGAGUGCCCUUUCUGAAUCUGAAAGUAGGCGCUCAUCCUCGGACGAGACAUCCUCUGCCGCUGUGUAUGAACCCGCAGGAGCUCAGCAGAAGAGCGGAAAUAUCUGUUCACCGCUUCGUCAUUAGAUUUGAGAAAAAUGCAAUAGUUUUCAAACCAUACAGCGUUUUCGAUCUAUUAUCCAAAGUGGCGAAAUGGUAACGUUUCCGCUACUUUUACAUUAUUUUACUCCAUAUACAUGUUUUGUUCCUGCGAUUUAGUGCGCCAUCACAUCCGACGCGCGGACCGGUUGACUUUUUGUCUUUGGCCGGAAAUCGGAUCUGAUACACGGGUCCACGAGGAGUGUUAAACCUAGACCAUUUUUGCACAACUACAUGGAGGAGCACAACUGAGUCCCUUUCUCACCUUCACUUUUUCAUUCUUCCCCCAAACUCUGCAUGAUCCUGGGGGAUGAGCUCAGAAGAAAAGAGCUCCACCAUGUCCCAAAAGAUCUCCUCUAUAUCCCGCAGCAACAGCAGCACCUCCUCCAAACAUGACAGCCGACAGGACAGCUGGGAGAUUGUUGAAGGGCUGCGGGGUGGUUUAGGAAACAUUCAGCCACCUGAAAAACAGGAGGGCUAUAUGCUGAAGAGAAGAAAAUGGCCCAUGAAAGGCUGGCACAAGAGAUACUUCCUCUUGGAUAAGGGAAUCCUGAAGUAUGCCAAGUGCUCAGCAGAUAUCGAGAAGGGCAAACUUCAUGGCCGCAUUGACGUGGGUCUGUCUGUCAUGGCCAUAAAGAAGAAGUCCAAGUGUAUUGAUCUGGAUGCAGAGGAAAACAUCUACCAUCUGAAGAUUAAGUCCCAGGAGCUAUUUGAUGAAUGGGUAUGUAAGCUGCGACACCAUCGGAUGUACAGGCAGAAUGAAAUCGCCAUGCUGCCCUCUGAGAAACCACACUUCAGCCCUCACUUCCCCGCCACCUCUUCUCCCAACUUCAACGAGAGCCAAGCUGCCAGAAAGCGUGCAUCUCUUGCCAAGCAGACUUCUCUUCACUCACCGAUCAUCUUUAGCAGUCAAGCUAAGGUGGCUGCCUGGCUCCAGUGCUCCGACGACAUGGACAGAUGUUCCAAAGAGCUGUCUGAAUGUGAGACUCAGUUGCUGGAGCUGAAUCACCUGCUAAGGAGUAUGGAGGUUCUUCACCGCACCUACUCUGCGCCAGCUAUCAAUGCACUGCAGGCUUUUACAUAUGACAGUCCUAAAAAAGAAAAAAGACAGAAGAAAUGGCUUUCCAAACAUUAUGGCAAGGACAACAAAACAAUGCUGCAGGUCCCCAGCUGUAUCUCCUCAGGCUCUGUGCGUCUUCAUGCCUCCAAUCCCAACCUCUCCUCUCCUGAUCUUGCAAUUGAGAAAAACUAUCCAGAGCCCCUUGACAUACCCAUAGACGUGUCCAAACUGCAAGAAGAUUUCUGCCGUGUGGCCAACAGCUUGCACACUAACCUGAAGUCAGCUAUGGGCUCCCUGAUGUCAGAGAAAGAGAAACUGAGGCAGAUGAUGGAACAGGAGACUUGUACAGCUCCUUCUGCACAGCUCCUUGGACUGAAAAGUGCUCUGGCUUCUGCUUUAGCACAGAACUCUGAUCUGAGAGAGCGCCUCUGCAAGAUACACAUAGAGUCGCACAUCUCAGAGCCUGCCGUCCUUAAAAACUUCAGCACUGGCACGCUGCAGAAGCAGGAAUCCUCAGACUCCCGCCACCUCGUCCACCAGGUGUCCAAUGAGAGCCGAGCUUCCAUUACAGAUUCUUUGUCUGAGUUCUUUGAUGCGCAAGAGGUCUUGCUAUCGGCGAGCUCUUCUGAGAACGAGCCUUCUGAAGAUGACUCAUACAUCAGCGAUAUCAGCGAUAAUAUCUCCAUGGACAACUUCAGCAACGAGGUUCAAAAUGAGAGACUUGACUCAGAUUGCACUGAGAACGGUGUCCCUCAGGGAAAGCGGCGUUCUUUGCUCCCGUCUCCAAGCCCCAACACCAGCAACAUCAGUCUGUGGAACAUCCUGAGGAAUAAUAUUGGAAAGGACCUGUCCAAGGUGGCCAUGCCUGUGCAGCUGAAUGAGCCACUUAACACCCUGCAGAGGUUGUGUGAGGAGCUGGAGUACAGCGAGCUGCUCGACCAGGCCGCGCACACACAGGACCCAUUUGAACGCAUGGUGUACAUUGCAACAUUCGCCGUAUCAGGCUACGCCUCCAGUUACUACAGAGCAGGAGGGAAACCAUUCAACCCAGUCCUAGGGGAGACGUAUGAGUGCGACCGGCCAGAUAAAGGAUUUCGCUUUAUAGCAGAGCAGGUCAGCCAUCAUCCCCCCAUAUCUGCAUGUCAUUCUGAAUCGAAAAACUUCAUCUUCUGGCAAGAUGUGAGGUGGAAAAACAAGUUCUGGGGGAAGUCCAUGGAGAUUGUUCCUGUUGGCACCACUCAUGUAGUUCUCCCUGGCUCGGGAGACCACUAUGAGUGGAACAAAGUGACAUCGUGCAUUCACAACAUUCUGAGUGGGCAGCGCUGGAUCGAGCACUACGGAGAAAUCUCUAUUAAGAACUCCAGCAGCGAUAUCUGUCAGUGUAAAGUCACCUUCGUCAAGGCUAAGUACUGGAACUCCAAUAUGAACGAAGUGGAGGGAAAUAUUGUGGACCAUAAAGGCAAGGUGAUACACAAGCUGUUUGGGAAGUGGCAUGAGAGUAUAUGCUGUGGAAGCCCACAAUCUGCUACAUGCAUCUGGAGAACCAAUCCAAUGCCUGCUGAGUAUGAGCAGUACUACGGCUUCACUAAAUUUGCUCUUGAACUGAAUGAACUGGACCCACAGACCAAACCAUUUCUGCCUCCCACAGACACGAGAUUACGCCUGGAUCAGAGGUUAUUAGAGGAGGGGAACGUUGAGUCUGCAGAAGCCCAGAAGCAGAGAAUCGAACAGCUACAGAGAGAUCGGCGCAGAGUCCUCGACGAGAACAACAUGGCACAUCAGCCACGGUUUUUCCAGAAAUCAAAAGAUGACACAUGGGUCAGCAACAACACUUACUGGGAUCUGAGGAAAGAUCCAGGCUUCAGUAAUCUGGAUUGCCCAGUGCUGUGGUGAACUACAGAUUAACAAUGAUCACUCAUAGGCCUCUUUAGUCUUCUCCUUCUUUCUCAUCACUGUUGCCUGCUCUGAUCUUCAGCGUAUGGGUGAAAAGCACAUGUGGAAUGUAGAGACUAAGACAAACGCUGACGAAAGUGAUUUUUCUCGCCUGAUAGUCAAACUGAGGAUCUUCACUUGAAUUGCAAAACAUUUUCUUUAUUUCAACACCUUUUGUUAUAUAAUAUUCCAUUUUAAAUGCCUUAAUAUGCUUCUGGUAUGUUUUACAGUGUGUUUAUGCAGGCACCUUCCUUGAAUGUCUAGAAAUUAUGCAAGCAUAUCCCAGUGUUUCAUGUUUAUCACUGCUGUGUGCAACUAGUAGCACAAAGAUCCUGACACAUACACUGUUGCAUUGCAGUACUCUUGUGAUUUAGAGCAAUACUGCAGACAGUACAAUACCUGAAGCCGUGUCUGAAACAAAAGAACCUGAUCAAAGUAACAUUGUCUACCUCCUGAAAGAGAUGGUACUCUUGUAUGUAAUAUAGGGAACACAUUGGAGUAUGAAUUUAAACCUGUCUUAUGCCUUAUGGUCACAUAUUCCAUAACACCUUUAUUAUACCCUUUCAUUAUGAUUAGAAAAAAUAAACAUAAUACAUAUUACAAUGUUGCUAGCAUCUGAGAAAGAUUCACACAGCUUUGUUUCAAGUACUAAAUAGUUACCAUGCUUCUUUGGGAUGUUUUAGCUGAUUAUUUAAGCAUUUUCAGUUUUGUAAUCUGUGUUCAUCGAGUUCUUCCUUGUAAAGAGAGCAACUGAGGAAAUCAUAUUAACCACUGUUAUGAUUCCUCUCUUCUUCAAUAAACCAAUCAUAUCUGUG